AUGGCAUGCAUGUUUUUCAGUGAUGCUAAUGGCCCAAAUGCAGUUGCGCUGUAUCAGGGUCGGAGGACAAGUUUCUUACGUGGUACCCUGGCCGCAAACGCCAGCCUAAUCGAUGCUGUGGUGUACAGUUCAGGUCAGAACACUUCCCUUCACAACCUGACAAAUGUGUUAACACCCGGAAGGAACCAAGUGGCUGUGAAUCUUCCACGGCAUAGGAAUGGCAGUGCCACAUCAAGGUGUAGGGGAGAACAUGGUGUGACGUAUGUGCCAGUCCCUUCCACUCCCAAGGAUGUGAACUUCUGCUCGUUUCCUGACAACUUGACCUUGAUCAUCAAUGAAGUCAACAUGAAUGCCAACAACAGGACAGGAAGCCAGGACUACAUAGAAUUGUGGGAUGGGGGAGUAGGCAACACUCCACUAGAUGGUGUAGAAGUGAUCCUGUAUGGGGGUCAUGAUGGGACCGUGUACAGGUUCUUCAGUCUGCUGGGUUACACCACAGACAACCUGGGAUACUUUGUCAUCGGGACCUCCUCUCUCAACCCUUCUCCUCAGCUGGUUGUGACAGAAGCUCCAGACCAAGAAGAAGGUUCUGCUAACAUGACUGGUUUCAUACAGCAUGGCUCUGGUGCUGUGGCCCUGUAUGGACAUGUGGGCACCUUCUCCUUUGGUAUGACAGCCACCAACACCAGCCUGAUUGAUGCAGUAGUCUAUGGUACACAGGACCACCCUGCACAGGGGCUACUAGAUGUGCUCACCCCAGGUCAACAUCAGGUGGAUGUACCUGUUUCCUCUUCCGUUGCCGUCAGUAUCAGCAGGUGUGAACAAACCUGUUGUGCAAGACUCAACUCAACCUCCUUCAGUCUGACCCCUCCCACUCCACGGGUGGCAAAUAAUUGUUCAGUCCCACUGUCAUCUCCAACGGGCCCUCCUGCAGCGACAGAGUCUGUGACAAGGCCAUUAAACAGCACGACUACAGCUCUGCCCCUGAGUGAAACUGGCACAGCAUCACCAAGUACUACUAAUGCUACAACCUUCCCAGCUACUACAAGUACUACCAACCAAACCAUUCCAAUUCCAAUUACAGCCAACAACUCUACAAGUACCAGCAAGUACGAACCUACUACGAGUAGCACCAUACAUCCAAGUGCUACAAAUGCUUCUGUUAACCCAAUGACUUCAACUGCCAGUACUACCAUCAACUCAACUUCUACGAGCACUAUUAUUCACCUACCUACUACAAGUAGAACAACAACCAUACAUCCAACCACUACAAAUCCCCCAGCUACUUCUUCUCCUGCGCCUACAACGACAACUGAAGGCACCAUGGCAUGGCCCACACUGCCUGCCAAUGCCCCCCAAAUAGUCAUCAAUGAAUUAAACGCAGACUCGCCCAGAGCUGAUGUUCAGGAGUUCCUGGAACUGUUUGACCUUGGAGCUGGGGGCACACCACUGGAUGGAUAUUGUCUGGUAUUCUACAAUGGAGCAUCAGGAGUGUCUUAUGAGACAGUAGACCUCACAGGAUACAGAACAAGCCAGGAAGGCUAUUUCACUGUUGGCAGCAGCAGAGUUUCACCAACUCCAGAUAUGACCAUAGACUUCAACUUCAUCCAGAAUGGUCCUGAUGCAGUUGGACUGUACUUUGCCCCAGUCGGAAACUUUCCCACUAGCUCAGCACCUACAACACAGGGUCUGGUGGAUGUGGUCGUGUAUGGAAAUGGGGAGGCAAAUGCCAGGAAUCUGCUGGACAUUCUUGCUCCUGGGCAGACCAAGAUCCAGGAGGACAGCAGGCACCUGAACAGGGAUGAGACCAUCUCCAGGUGUCUGUCCAACAACACAGUGGACCUGUAUGCCUUUGUACUGGACACACCCUCACCUGGCUCCAGGAAUAACUGCACACUCCCCAACAUUGUCAUAAAUGAGAUCAAUGCUGACGAGCAAGGCUUGGACAGGGCAGAAUUUAUUGAGCUUUACACUCCAGGAAGAUCAUACGCCUCACUGGAUGGUAUUGUCUUGGUCCUGUACAACGGUGAUUUAGGGGGAACAUCCUACAGAACAAUUGACCUGCGAAACCAGAGAACUGAUGAGAAUGGUUACUUUGUAAUUGGUGGGAUAGACGUGCCCAACAGAGACAUGACAAUCAUCCAACAUGCCGGGUUCAUACAGAACGGUCCUGAUGCAAUGGCUCUCCACCGAGGAUACGCCUCUCAAUUUCCGUACAGAACACCUGUCACAGCAGAAAACAUCAUUGAUGCAGUCGUGUAUGGUAAAACUGAUGAGCCAGGUGAUCACCUACUGGAGGUUCUGUUACCAGGACAGCACCUGAUUCAGGAAGAUCAGGGUUUCCAAGACGGAGAUGAGAGUAUAAGUCGUUGUCAGUGCUGUGCCCCACUCAAUGCUGCCUCUUUCAGACUUACUAUCCCUACCCCAGGAGAGCCCAAUGAUUGUGUCUCGCCCAUACCUUCAGACCUUCCCACCCUGGUCAUCAAUGAGAUCAACGUUGAUAUGAAGAACAAGGAUGAUGCAGAGUUUGUAGAACUCAGAGGGGAUGCAAAUGCCAAUGUUAGCAGCUUGUUGUUGGUCUUCUUCAGUGGCACAGAUGCCAAGUCAUAUCUUACACUUGAACUUGAAGGAACAACAGAUGCAGAUGGCUACUUUCUCAUUGGUCACCCCAACAGGACCCCUCCUCCUGAUGUUUCAUUGCCAUCGAGACAAGGAGGAGUAAUCAAGGAGCUUGCCAAUGGUAUUGGUCUUUACUACGGAAGUAAGACACACUUCCCAAUGAGGACAAAUGUGACAGCUAGAAACCUCCUGGAUGCUGUAGUCUACACCACCAACAGGGCAGUCACCAGCCAGGUACUUCUUGACACGCUCACACCUGGGCAGGACAUUCUGGUGGAAGAGUACAGCUACUUGGACAAUGAUGACUCCCUGAGUCGCUGCCAGUGCUGCGCCAGUACAAGAGAGAACGACAAGUACGUUCUGUCACCAUCUUCACCUGGCAAAGCCAACAUCUGCCCCAGCAAGCAAUACUCCACAACCAUCCAGGUCAAGCUGGGUAAUGCUAACUGCACUGUCUUCAAGAGGAACCUCACUUUGUUUGAGGAACUGAAGAAAGUUGUGGCCACUGGAAUUGAGACCCGUUGUCAGUGUGGAUUUACUGUGGCCUACCUGGCUGAUGCUGAGGUCAUAUGUGGAAGCACCAUCCUGAAUGCCACCCUACAAGCAGUCACUGCAGAACAGCUUGACUCCUUCAGACUGGGUUAUGAGAAAUUUGUGGACAAGACAGCGUACCUGACUGUCGGGGGACAAUCCUACAGUGUGGAGCCAUGCACGUACAGCUGUCUGCCUGUAACAAGAAGGAAACCUCAAGGUUUGUCUCCUGGUGUUAAGGCAGCCAUUGGUAUUUGUUGCAGCCUCGCAGUCAUUGUGCUUCUCUUAGGCGCUCUUUAUGUGUGGAAUAGAAGAAGCCAAGGAAAAUCCAAUCCUGAGUGGAGGGAGAGCUGGUCACUUAGCAACCCUGCAGAACUGGCUCCAGCCUACAGCAUUGCUAGUUUUGACAACCCUCUGUACGACGACGAAUCCUCGGUUAAAAACUCUGGCUUCCUUUGAAACUACAGAAAGCUGUUUGUUUGGGGUUUGAAACCUGUCUGAGCUUUCUUGGUGCCAAAUAUGUUAUUUGCGGGGUGCUUGCAAUAUCAUAAAACAUAUCAAGCUGACUGUAAUAUCAGAAACAUAUCACUACUUUAUUGCUUUAAUAAAUCCCAGGAAUUGCUGAUUACUGAUUACAAACUGCAGUGCAGGUUUGCAUAAAGUUUCAGGGUCUAUAACCAGGCUUAGUUUUGUCUUUCCAAUAGAAAUAUACAUUAAGGAAGUAUUGCUUAUGAAACUUUCAUAGCCUUAAUUUCUCUCAAAGAUUUAUUUACCAUCUUUAGCAAUCCAAAUACCCAUUAUGUACAUUGGUAUAAUGACAAUCAUCUCUGAGUUAAAAUCUUGCUUGCUUUGCCAUUAAAUGAUAUUGGAAAUGUAUUUGAAGUUCUACAGGAAAUUACAUGCAGCUUUUGUAUACCAAGAUGCAUUUGUAGACACUUUGCCUUGUAAACAGACACCAAGCUAAGGAGCUGAAUAUUUAUCAUCAUUAGCAUCCAUUCAUUUUUUGUGGGACAUAAAAUGUACUAGGAAAGACAAUUUGUGUCAUGCAAAAGCAAAAUGUUGACCAAUGUGUUUUGAUAAGUGAGAGGUGUCAUUUUAAAUACAUGUAUUACAUUUUAUAUGAUAUCAUGCUGAAUAUUGUUGUAGAUAUGCCAAUAUAGAUAAUUGUGUGAACUUUUAAAAAUACUCUUUAUCAUUCCUGUUAUAGCUUCUAAAGUACAUGUAGUCUAUCAGCCCUCUUUAAAAUGAGGGUAAUGUUAAACCAGAAUUUCCAUAUUUUUUUACCUAUGCAAUUUAUGUUACUUCCAUUGUUGUGGCAUACCAUUGUCAUUAUCAAAAUUAUAUGUACAUAUCAAUGAUGAGUCACUGUCUGUAGUAUAUACAUGUACAUGUAGUUUACAAAUUCAGUUGUACACAGGACUUUCUUCCUGAUGUGGAUAACAGAAAUCUGUUUCAUUCAAGUAAACAAAAAUAGUGGGAAGUUGACAUUUUACUCAAGAAGUAUUUAAACUGUAAAGAUUUGUCAGUGAUAUUUUUGGAAAUUUAUACUGUAAUUUGUCUAUGUGCAAUAUGUAUGAUCAAAGAAAGAGUUGUUUUGUGAUAUUAAAGAUUGAAGUGAUUUUAAAUCAA